CAAUAAACUCCCGGUGAAUCCACGAGGGUUUCAAGAUGGCGGCUGAUAAAAGCGAUUCAGAAUCGCGGAGACAAAAGUCUGAUUCACAGAAUCAGGACGGAGAAUUUGAGGAUUACGGGGACGAACCAGACUUUAGUGACUCUGAUGAUUUUAAUGAAGAUAUAACUGAUGAAGAAUUGCUGGGUGAUUUAUUGAAAUCCAAGCCAAAGGAGUCAGAUGGAAUUGAUAACAUUAUUGUUGUAGAUAAUGUCCCAGAAGUGGGGCCAGAUCGUCAAGAAAAGUUGUCGAAAGUUAUUCGAAAACUGUUUGAAAAAUUUGGGAAGAUAGUAAAUGAAUAUUAUCCAACAGAUGGAGACAAAACAAAGGGCUACAUUUUCAUUGAGUAUUCCUCUCCAGUACAUGCCUUGGAAGCUGUCAAAAUGGCUAAUGGUUACAAACUGGACAAAAUGCAUACUUUUUCUGUUAAUUUGUUCUCAGAUUUUGACAAGUAUGGAAAUAUACCUGAUGAUUGGGAACCUCCUAAUGCAAAACCAUUUAAAGAUGUGGGAAAUUUGAGGUAUUUCUUGCAAGAGUCUGACUGCUUCGAUGAAUACAGUGUAAUAUAUGAUGGUGGGGAAAGGACUGCAAUCCUCAAAAAUUCUCCAAGAGAACCAACUGUAUUGGAAGAAAGAACUAGAUGGACUGAAACAUAUGUUAGAUGGUCACAACAAGGAAGCUAUCUUGCCACCUUCCAUGGUAAAGGUAUUGCAUUGUGGGGAGGUCCAAAAUUUGAACAGAUUAUGAGAUUCAGUCAUCCUGGUGUGCAGCUGAUAGACUUUUCACCAUGUGAGCGCUAUCUGGUAACAUUUAGUCCUUUACAGACCAAUCAGGAGGAACCAAGUGCAAUAAUCAUAUGGGACAUACGAACAGGUCAAAAGAAGAGAGGGUUUCAUUGUGAAACACAAUCUACCUGGCCGAUAUUUAAAUGGAAUCCUGAUGGCUUAUACUUUGCCAGAAUUAGUCCAGAUACACUCAGUGUAUAUGAAACACCAUCUUUUGGCUUGUUAGACAAGAAAAGUUUGAAAAUUACAGGCAUUAGAGACUUCAGCUGGUCCCCUACAGAUAACCUUAUAGCUUAUUGGGUACCAGAAGAUCAAAAUGUACCAGCUAGGGUGACAUUAAUACAGAUGCCAAGCAGACAGGAAGUGUGUGUCAAGAAUCUCUUUAAUGUUGCAGACUGUAAAAUGCAUUGGCAAAAGAAUGGAGACUACCUUUGUGUCAAAGUAGAUCGAUAUUCCAAAGCCAAAAAGGUGGAAGAGAAAGAUCAGUACAAAUAUAGUGGAAUGUAUUACAACUUUGAAUUGUUUAGGAUAAGAGAGAAACAGAUUCCUGUAGAUAAAGUAGAAGUUAAAGAAAGUGUCAUGGCCUUUGCCUGGGAACCAACAGGAAAUAAAUUUGCCUUUAUCCAUGGAGAGAGUCCUAGGAUAUCUGUUUCAUUUUACAGUAUAAGAGCUGGCAAGGUAGAAUUAAUGAAAACUUUAGAAAGAAGACAAGCUAACCAUUUGUUUUGGAGUCCUGCUGGACAGUUUAUAGUUUUAGCUGGACUUAGAAAUAUGAAUGGUGUCUUGGAGUUUGUAGAUGCAUCAGAUGUUACAGUGAUGGCCAAUACUGAGCAUUUCAUGGCAACAGAUGUAGAAUGGGAUCCUACAGGGAGAUAUGUAGUCUCAGCUGUCAGCUGGUGGGGUCAUAAGGUUGACAAUGCUUACUGGAUGUGGUCAUUCCAAGGACGAUUAUUACUGAAACAGCCUCAAGAGAGGUUCUGUCAACUACAGUGGAGACCUAGACCUUCAUCUUUACUAACCACCGAACAGAUUAAGAGUCUUAAGAAGAACAUGAAGAAAUACACAGAACAGUUUGAGUCGGUUGACAGGUUGAGGCAGUCUAAUGUGUCUUCAGAGCAGAUAGAGAAGAGGAAAACCCUUAUGGCUGAGUUCAAGCAGUACCGAGAGGACAAAGAGGAGGAGUUAAGUCGCUAUAAAAACAGGAGGAUAGCAUUACGAGGUGGCAUGGAUACUGAUAUCUUGUAUGAAGAAGAAAUUGACGAAGAAGUUGUUGAAUUCCUUUUGAAAGUUGAAGAAGUUGUCCUUGAAGAGUAGACAGCAGGAUUUCAUCAGUUUUAGGUCGCCUCUUGUUGUUAAAUUAUUUUAACACCAGCCAUUAUCAUCAGCAGCCAUCUUGAAAAUAACAAGGGGAGACUACUUAUUGAAGAUUUUUAAUUGAAAUAAUUAGUGCUGACGUUAGAAUAUUUAAUAAUGAAGAUUUUGCUAUCAAAUAUGUUGUCAUGGUUUCUAAAAGUGCUUUUAUUUAUUUAUCCGUCUAUCCCGCUCAGUGUAAUGUUUUCUCACUUUUCAGGACAGUUUCCUGUACCUUAUCGAUUAUGUAUAGUCCAUUUUAGGAAUUCUAUAAAAUUUAGAUGCAGCCAAUUUUUAAAAUGUAGGAAAAGAAUUAUAAACUUUUUAAUCAAAGCUUACAGUAAAAAUUUUGGAGCCAUU